AUGGAGAACAAAACGCUUCGGUCGAAACUGGAGAAAAUGGAAAGAGAGUACAAAGAGCUGAAGCGAGCAUACUUCGAGCUGAGCAUCAAGCAAAGAUCCAGUAACCACAUGGUCGGCUCUCAGGAUUCCUUGACAAUUUCCGAUGGGAUUGAUACUUCAGAAGGAAUUCAAGACCAACUUCAGGAGGAGGUUCACAACAAACCUGUGCAGAGGAAGGAGGAGGGGAAGAGCUUCUCUUGCAAGUGUGACCUUGAGGGUCAUGCUGGUGCCGUGUACGUAGCGCGAUUCUGCCAUAAGGGGCAGUAUAUUGCCUCGGGGUCUCUAGACAAAAGCGUCAGAAUCUGGACGGUCCAGAGCGAUUCGGCUGGUCGACUUCAGGGGGAGGAGAAGUCUAUCUUACAGGAGCACAACCUGAAUGUAAGCGAUGUCUCAUGGACAAGUGACGAUUUGUUCUUGGUCUCCGGUGCGUACGACAGAUCCGUCAAGUAUUGGGACUUGCAGGCUUGCAAGUCAGUCUCCUCGUAUGAGCUCUGUGGAUUUGUCCUCUGCUGCGUCUGCCACCCUCUAGACUGCAACCAGAUUUGGGCCGGAACUUCUCAGAAUCAAGCAUGCUUGAUCGAUAAGCGAUCUUCCACGUUUGCCAGUGUCCUGCAGAACGACGGGAUGAUGAAUGGUCUGUGCUUUACGCCAGAUUGCAACAAGCUGUUCUCUGGAGAUUCUAAGGGAUGCAUCAAAGCAUGGGAUUUGCGCAUGAUGAACGAAUCAGCUUGCGAUUCUGUGGCAUUCCACAUCGAGUCCAACAAACCAAUCAGUGAUUUACACUUUGCAACACUAUCUCAAUCGCAAGAGAUUUCACUAUUAGCAGCGAACAGCUACGACAACAUCUUACGGGUGUUCUCACGAGCAAAUGUUGGAAGCCAUGAAAGGGACCAGAUGCCGGGCAGCCGGGAGUCUCUCCGAAUGAUCCACUCGCUGCAGGGGCACAAAAACAAGAAUUUCCCCAUCAGGAGUUCUUUCUUCAGGGGCAAACUCUACAACUACGCCAACGUGAGCAUUUGCACUUCAACCCAACAACUUGCAUCCUCCACUUCUCGCUCCACGACCCUGGACAAGUCGCUCCUUGUGGCGACUGGGAGCGUCGACAAGUACUGUUACGUGUACGACAUCAGCAACCCUUCCUUCGGCGAGUUCUUUCAGAAGCUGGAGGGUCAUGCGGACAGGGUCUACUGUGCAAGUUUCCACCAUGAGAAGCCGCUGAUUGUGACAGCAUCUGCUGACUCGAAGAUGAAGAUCUGGGGGCCGAGGGAGAGAUGA